CCAACGGCUCACAUAAAACACAAGCCAAGGGCUGAGCCGACCGUUGCUUCUUCGAUCCCUCUCGGUUCCCAACUCGUUUUCUCCAUGGAUUGCAGAGCUCUGCUCUUCACCAACUCCUCAACGCCUCUCUUCUUCUCCAAAACCCCCACCAAAUCGCCCUCCCUCCGAUCCCAAACCUCUCCAAAUCCUCUCCCCAACCCAACCGAGUCCAAAUCCCCUGCACCUCCCCCCACCAAACACCUCCAACCACGCAAAUUCUCCGAACGCGCCGCGUUCCCCAACUCCCUCCCCCUCCACUCCAAGAACCCGCACAUCAUCUACAGAGACAUCCAACGUUUCGCCCGCCUCGGAAGGCUCCAAGAGGCCCUCACCAUCCUCGACUACGUCGAGCAACGGGGCAUCCCUGUCAACGCCACCACAUUCUCUUCCCUUCUAUCGGCCUGCUCCAGGCUCAAAGGUCUCACCUUUGGCCGCCAGAUUCAUGUCCAUAUAAGGAUCAACGGCCUUGAGCGCAAUGAAUUCCUUCUUACCAAGCUUGUCCAGAUGUACGCCACCUGCGGCGCCCCCAACGACGCCAAGAGGGUGCUCGCCGAGCUUGCGCCGAAGAGUGUGUAUCCGUGGAAUGCACUGCUCAAAGGAAAUGUCGUCGGCAGCCCGCGUUGGAGCCGUGAGCCGCUUAUGGUGUUCGAGGAGAUGCGGGACGAGGGAGUGGAUGUGAACGAGUACACCUUCUCCUGCUUGAUCAAAAGCUUCGCAGGCUCGCCGGCUUUCACGCAGGGGAAGAAGGCCCAUGCUCUUUUGAUCAAGAAUGGGUUUCUUAGUGCUUCAGUGCUUUUGCAGACUUCUUUGGUUGAUAUGUACUUCAAAUGUGGCAGAAUCCGGAUGGCAAUGAAGAUCUUCGAUGAAAUUACCGAGAGGGACAUUGUUCUAUGGGGAGCAGUAAUAGCGGGAUUUGCACACAAUGGGUUGAGGAGAGAGGCUUUGGAGUACUUGAGGUGGAUGCAGAGAGAACGGAUUGAGCCCAAUUCAGUAAUAGUAACAUCGGUACUCCCGGUAAUUGGAGAGCUCUCUGACCGAAAAUUAGGACAGGAGAUUCAUGGUUAUAUCUUAAAGAGGUUCAGGAAUUUUGGGAAAAUGAUUUUUAUUCAAUCAGGAUUGAUUGAUAUGUACUGCAAAUGUGGGGAUAUGGUCUCGGGGAGGCGCAUCUUCUAUGGUUCGACCGAAAGGAAUGCAGUCUCAUGGACUGCUCUCAUGUCGGGAUAUGCAUCAAACGGCAGGCUCGAGCAAGCUUUGAGAUCUGUUGUCUGGAUGCAGAAGGAAGGGGUCAAGCCUGAUGUCGUUUCGAUUGCGACAGCUCUUCCGGUUUGUGCCGAGCUGAAGGCUUUGAGACCAGGAAAGGAGAUACAUAGCUAUGCUUUGAAAAAUUGGUUCUUGCCCAAUGCCUCCAUAUCCACUUCCCUGAUGACUCUGUACUCAGGAUGUGGAAACUUGGAGUAUUCUUGCAGAGUGUUUGAUGGAAUGGAGAGAAAGACUGUCAUAGCUUGGACUGCCCUAAUUGAUUCAUACUUAAAGAAUGGCAACCCACAUUGUGCUUUGAAUGUUUUCCGAUCGAUGCGGAUAGCUAAUUUUAGGCCCGAUUGCAUUACCUUAGCUAGAGUUUUGAGCACUUCGGGUGACUUGGGAGCAUUAAAACUUGGAAGGGAGAUACAUGGGCAAGUAUUAAAGAUGAAGGCAGAGUCAAUCCCUUUGGUUGUAGCAGAAGUAGUGAAGAUGUAUGGCAGGUGUGGGGAUGUUGAGAAGGCACGUAAGGUCUUUGAUGGGGUCCAGUCCAAGGGAUCGUUAACUUGCACUGCAAUUAUAGAAGCAUAUAGUUCUAACAAUCGAUACAGAGAAGCACUCAGUCUCUUUGAUUGGAUGCUAUCGAAUGGUUUCAUUCCGAAUCAUUUCACUUUUGAUGUGGCCUUAAGCAUUUGUGACAAGGCAGGAUGGCAUGAUGAAGCUCUCAGAAUAUUUGACGCCAUGGUUCGGAAGUAUGAUGUAAAGGCCUCUGAAAAGCAUUUUGACUGCAUGAUUGGCCUUCUUACACGGGAAGGUCGUCUUCAAGAAGCACAGAGGUUUAUCUAUUUGAAGUCAACACUAUUUUAAGUUAACUACAAUGGACUAAAUCUUUUCACUGGUUGCAUCAAUUUUCUUGAUAUGGUUUCUAUUUGUUAUUUCUCAUCUAAAAAAGGAAGUUGAUAUUUGUAGGUCUGAUCACUGAACUGGAAUGGUAAAAAGAAACACCCUGGAUUUUAUGGUCAA